CUGGUCCUGUCAGAGUGGGCGGGGUCUGCUGUGUGAUUUUAUAACUGUGAGCCGCCGCAGCGCUGCGUUCGCACCGUAAACAUGGCGCAGCAGAGGGACAAGUCCGCCGAUCAGAUGAAGCUCUGGAAGGAGAGCCGGGGCUCCCAGAAACCAGAUGUCCUUACCACAGGAGGGGGCAACCCCAUAUCGGACAAGCUGAACAUUUUGACCGUAGGUCCCCGGGGGCCGCUUCUGGUACAGGAUGUGGCCUUCACAGAUGAGAUGGCUCAUUUUGAUAGGGAGAGGAUCCCUGAAAGAGUCGUUCAUGCCAAAGGAGCAGGUGCGUUUGGCUAUUUUGAAGUGACACAUGACAUCACCAGAUUCACCAAAGCCAGGGUGUUUGAGUACGUUGGGAAGAGGACGCCACUCGCUGUGAGGUUCUCCACUGUUGCUGGCGAGGCCGGCUCAGCUGAUACCGUCCGAGACCCUCGUGGGUUUGCCGUGAAGAUGUACACAGAGGACGGAAACUGGGACCUUACCGGCAAUAACACCCCAAUCUUUUUCAUCAGGGACGCCAUGCUGUUUCCAUCUUUCAUCCAUUCUCAGAAGAGGAAUCCCCAGACUCACCUGAAGGAUCCAGAUAUGGUCUGGGACUUCUGGGCUCUGCGUCCAGAAUCUCUCCAUCAGGUCUCAUUUUUGUUUUCGGACCGCGGGCUUCCAGACGGUCACCGUCACAUGAAUGGUUAUGGCUCACACACCUUUAAACUUAUCAAUGCAAAGGGUGAAGCUGUGUAUUGCAAAUUUCACUACAAGACCGACCAAGGCAUCAAAAACCUUACGGUGGAGGAAGCUAAUCGCUUGGCGGCCAGUGAUCCAGACUACGGGAUUCAUGAUCUCUAUGAAGCCAUCGCCAACGGGAACUAUCCUUCCUGGACCUUUUACAUCCAAGUCAUGACCUUCGAGCAAGCUGAGAAAUUCCGCUUUAACCCAUUCGAUUUGACCAAAAUUUGGCCUCAUGGAGAAUACCCGCUGAUUCCCGUGGGGAAGAUGGUGUUGAACAGGAACCCAGUGAACUACUUUGCCGAAGUGGAGCAGCUGGCGUUCGACCCGAGUAACAUGCCCCCCGGCAUAGAACCCAGUCCGGAUAAAAUGCUGCAGGGGAGACUCUUUUCUUACCCAGACACUCACCGACACCGAUUGGGUGCCAAUUAUCUACAGAUCCCGGUAAACUGCCCAUACAAGGCUCGCGUUGCCAAUUACCAACGAGAUGGACCCAUGUGCUUCUCUGACAAUCAGGGUGGAGCGCCGAAUUACUACCCCAACAGCUUCUCUGCUCCAGAGAACCAGCCUCAAGUAAGGGAACACAGGUUCCACGUGUCUGGAGAUGUCUCGAGAUACAACAGCUCCGACGACGAUAACGUCACUCAGGUCCGGGACUUCUACACCAAAGUGCUGAACGAAGAGGAGCGCAAGCGCCUGUGUGAGAACAUCGCUGGACACCUAAAGGGCGCUCAGCUCUUCAUCCAGAAGAGAGCUGUGAAAAACUUCAGCGACGUUCACCCCGAUUACGGCGCCCGGAUCCAGGCAUUGCUGGAUAAAUACAACGCUGAAGGCCCGAAGAAGAAAACUGUGAAAACGUACACCCAGCAUACAUCCUACCCGACAGGCAACGACAAGGCCAAUCUGUAAACCUUCUUCUUCGAGAGCGUAUCCGUCCGCAGGCUCCUACCUGCCUUUUAAUUGUACCGAGUGGCUUGGAUAAGAAAUCUCGCAGGAUCAAUUCAGCUAAUUCUUUUAUUCUUAACCAUUUCAGUGCCCUGCGGCUUCGUGCAGCUUGACAGUCCGUGGUGCUGGUACUGAAACGGUUACAAGUAAUGGUAACGCGCAUGUUGGAAAUGUUCCAGUUUUUGUUUUGAAAAUAACACGUUACAAAUUAUUAGUAACAGCCAAGAUUUAAAAAAUAAACACUUGUGUCGGUUUAAUUUCCUGAAAGAUCCGGCACGGAAUGAUUCGCUUCGGCCGGAAUUCUCAAAGCUUUUCUAAACUGGAAACGGCUUUAAGUGCCUUUCUUUUUAAAGGGCUCAACUAGUUGCUUGUUGGUUGUCUUGUUCUCUAACUCGUUGAAUAGCGGUCAACUUUAAAUGUUGCCCUUGGAGGGGGAUCUGUCAUCGUUAGGGGCUGUCUGACAAUCUGGGGGGGUAUAUGUCCUCUCCAGGCUUAUUCUUCAGUAGGGUGUUAUCUGUUAUGCUGAGAAGGUUGAUGGGAUGGGAAUAUCAGACUAAUCUCUUUUUCUGUAUAAUAAACCUUCUGUGAUUAAUGCAA